AUGUGAAAUGAUAAGAUUAUUUUAUUUAUGAUUUUUUUUUUUUUUUUACAGAACAAUAUGAGAAAAAAAACAACAACAGUAAAACCUGUAUCAAUUUGUUAUUUGGUUCCUUCCAUAGUUCAAAAACAUGCAGAUCAGGCUAAUUGGCAUACAAAAUGAAUACACAUGUUACGAUAUCAAGGAUUAAUUUAAAGAUUUGUUUGAUAUAUAGUUUGUUUCUCCUUUCAGGUGCCAGUGAGAAAGAUAUUGCUAUACAGAGAGUAUUUCAUUUCAACAUGAAAAAUAUAUGAAAAAAUAAAUAAAUACACAUGAUACACUCCUGACAGAGAAAACAUAAUAUCCUACACAUUGCUGCCAUCAUUCAACUCGAGUUUUAAAAAAAGGGCAGAAAUAACUGUUGACGUGUGUAUACAUUUUUGGACCCCCUCUGUAUAAACCAUCAUUUAGUGUCUUGUGAUCUGCAGCUGUACUGUAGUCAAAGCUGAUGAUAUUGAUGGAAAUGAAUCAAUACUUUCUGACCAAUCCAAAUAAAACCACUAACUGCGUGGCGCGCACGUGUGUGUAUCGAUGAGAAACCGAAAUCUACAGAAGGUGAUCUCGUUAAUCCUCGCGCUGCUCUGAUUCCGGAAACUGCGCGCGAGGACGCGGAGGACAAACGACACCCGCAUGCAGUAGCCGCUCGCGCUUGUGCACGCUGACGCUGACUAACACGCUUUAAACUGGAGUUCCUGAAUGUGAUGAUGAAUUAAAAGCUGUGACGCGUUGCGUGCCAUGUCCGCGUGAGAAGCUCGCGCUCGAAGAGUUGGGAUAAAAGCAGGGUGGACAUUGUAAUCAGAGUCAUGGCUAACGGGGUAACACCCGAUGCAGUCAUCGCCUGGUUCACAGAGUACCAGAACAACCACAUUGAGAAGGAUGGAGUAAUGCCGAAGUGGUUUCAUGGCAACAUAUCCAGAAAUUGCUGCACCUUUUACAGACAUGCCGAGGAAAUGCUAAUGACUAAACCUCCAGGUUACUUCCUAAUUCGUGUCAGUGAGAGCAGAGUAGGAUACACCCUGUCCUACAGAGCCAAGGAUCUCUGCAGACACUUUAUGAUUGACAUGCUUCCAGGAAACCAGUGUGAGAUUGUAGGUGACAACUUGCAACAUUGCUCUCUCCAUGAUCUGGUAGCCUUUCACUGCAAAUCUCCGAUCCAGCCCUAUACUGAGCUGCUCACGGUAGCCUGUGACCAGGCUAUCCAAAAUACCUCAGAAGAGAUGCCUCCUGCACUGCCAGCGUCUCAUCCCUCAGUAACAAACCAGAAUCUGAGCACCUCAUUAGAUGGUUCAGUAACCCCAACGAGGCUCUAUCCCGUACUAGAGCAGGAGCUUAGUGCUCUUAACUUUCACAGUGUGGAAUCUCUGCCGAACUCUGGAUCACACCCCAGACAAAAAUGUAUUCUUACACUACCAGAGAUUCCCAUCAGAUGGCAAUCUGAACCUACCAAAACCACAUUUAAGGGCGCACAAUCUACAAGUUUACCCAAAGCUUGCAGCCAGAAAAAGUCUGAAGACACAGUGCCCCAAAAGCAAGCAGAGUCAAAGCACAUUCGUAUAAAUCUGAUUCAGUGCAAGAAGCUCUUUAAGAAGAAGAAGAGCCAUUCAGAGGGGCAGAUGUACAUGGAAAUCAAUGAAGCUAAUGUCACAACUGAACCUGAAGUGUUACAGACAGUUGCAAACGAAGAGGAUCACCAAGAGGAGCAUUGUGUUUCUGAAACAAUACCAUUGGAAUACCUUAAUCCACCUCCAUUUGCUCCUGGCUACUGAAAAGACCAAUUAAAAAGUUUCGAAUUUCGUCACAGGCGAUUAUGUAGAAUGUACUAGUUCAUUGUUUUGCCACACUCCCAGAAUGAUGUAUACAUCUGGAACAGAGGUGUCAUGUAAUACAUUUUUCUGAGACACAAUGGCACAAUUUUAUGACAUUUUCAUACAAAAUUAAAAUUCAUGAAAACUCCAUGCACACAGACCUGAGGUGGGAAUCGAAGCCAGACUCUGGAGGUGCAAGGUAACAGUGCUAACCACUUUCCCACCGUGCGACGAAUACCAUUACUUAUGCAACAAAUAUGAAGUCAAAAAGAAAAAAAAUUGAGGGAAAUCCCAAUUGCCCAACCCCCCCAAGAGCUUUUAUAUCCACCAUUAUCAGCAAACACUACUUGAAGUAAUUGCUUCAUGUAUCCACUUUGGUUUCAUAAGUCUAUAGGGCAAAGUUAUAAAAGACUUGUGGUUUUUUUCAGAUGUAGUUUCGUAUUAGCAAGGGCAAUAACACCACCUACUGCAAAAAUAAUAUUUUCAGUUUCUACAGUCGUCUAAUCUGAGACAUUUGAUGGGCCACGUGCUUCCUCAAGUUAAAUGGACAUGACACCUCUGGUCUGAAUUAUUACACCUUUAAACACCACUGUUGAAUGCUCAAUUAUGAUUGUUCAGAAUAUGGUUGAUAUUCUAUAAUAUUCAUGAAUUAAAUGUUUAUAAUACUAAUAAUAUAAUAAUGCAUUUUUAUAUGCUUGUAUAAUGGACACCUAAUAUACAUACACGUCAAGUUUUUGACAGCUUCGAGACUGACAUUUGUAUUGCAUUUUAAUGUGGCUACAGUAUGUUAUGCAAAUAUAUGUGUGCUACUUGUCUAUUGUGAACUAUGUUUCGCUAUGUGUUCGUAGGUAAUGAAUCAUUUCCAUAUAUAUGCCAAUACUAAAGUACAUACACAUGUUGGAAUUAGUCAAAUCCACUUACCAAUUAAGAGUAAUUAACUAUUUUUUCUGUUUUAAAACAGCCAAGGCUUAUACAGGUGCUUCCAUCGUAACAAAUUUAGUCGAACUUGAUUAAACAGAUUAAUAGCCCAAUGUACACUUUUUUGAAGUACACUGAUAAG